UUAGGCAGCAAGGACCGUAGAGCCCUCUUAACAGUAGAGCUUAGAAACACCCCAAAGGCCAUCUCCCAGGCAGGAACACUGGAAGAUGUUUGUGUAAAGGAAAAGAUGGUGGCCUCAGAAGGUGUCAUGGUAACAGAAGGGGGAGGAGGGCAUAAAGAAAAGCUCCAGCGUAUUUAUUGUCAGGGGUACAGAGAUACCCCACAGGAGAUACUUGCUCUGAACUUCCUCCUCAUUUUGUGGUCUAAUCUCCACCCACACACCCCACUCACCUUCCCCAAUCAGAAGGAUCACCUAAUAAGAAGGUCAUUGAUAAAGUGGAAUAAAUUGAAUCAGGAAUGACUGAGGUAAGGAGAGGGCUUUGAAACCCACAGGCUGUUUAACAAGGAACUGCCAGCUGUUUUCGAGUAUCUAAGAAGCCAGCACAUGCCAAGAGUCAACUUGUUCUGUGCUGAUCCACAGCUUGCAGCUAGAAUCAGUGUGCAGACCUAUUGGGAGACACAACAAGUAAAAACAAACUGUAGAGGCACAGAGAUCUUGUUUGUAUCUUGUCGCCAUGAUUUAAUAACGUGUGCUGUUGAUUUGGUUUUCUGCCUGCGUAUUAGAAGCACACACAUCUGCCCUGCAGAGAGUAAAGGAGGUCAUGUCAAGGGCCCCACAUGGUGGCUGGUUCACAUUGUGCUCUGUGAAUGGAAACCUAGGGAAUGAUGGUUGUGAGCAGUUAGAAGUUCCUCGUUCCAGGGCGCCUGGAUGGCUCAGUCCGUUAAGCAUCUGACUUCGGCUCAGGUCAUGAUCUCAAGGUUUGUGAGUUUGAGCCCCAUGUCGGGCUCACUGCUGCCAGUGCAGAGCCUGCUUCAGAUCCUCUGUCCACCUCUCUCUCUGCCUCUGCCCCCUCACGUGCUCUCUCUUUUAAAAAAAAAUUUUUUUUUUAAAGAAGUUCCUGGUCUCUGGGGAAGCAGAGCAAAGUUAGAAGGCUGCCAAGGGGCUCAUACCUAGGUUGCAAGGGUGGCUGAGGGAGCAUUGUUAUUCUGCCCACGUGGGGUAUGUUUUGAAAACACUGUGGCCAAUGUUUGUAGGUGAAUGUUGUAGCCUUCCAUGCUCAUCCCCUGGGGAGCUGGGCCAGGCAAUAGAGGCUAUCUAGGGUGGAGGGCAGAAACCUUGACUCUGAUUUUCCUUAGGUUGUUUUCCUAUGGGGAGGUUUACUGUUGAACAAUCAGCUGAGCAUUACCAAAGACACCCCCCGAGGUCAAGGUGGCCCAGAACCACCCAGGCUUAACACUUUGUUUCUGGGAUUGGGGUUUAUCAGCAUCAAGGGUUCACCCUCCUUGUUGCCACAGAAAGGAAUACCUGUAGUGCUAUAGUCCAAUGGACCCAGGUUCUGUCUUCUACUGUGACCUCACCCUCCUUGGGGGUUCAGUGCAGAAGUCAUUGACCCUCACCAAGCACAGAUUCUGCUGAGCUGCUUUCAGAUCCACGCAUGUCUUUUCAGACCCUCUCAGGACGUGUUCCCGAUUGGAGGUGAAACCAUGAAAGGAAAAUAGAACGAAUAAUAAUGCUUUUCCGCAAUCGCUUCUUGCUGCUGCUGGCCCUGGCUGCCCUGCUGGCCUUUGUGAGCCUCAGCCUGCAGUUCUUCCACCUGACCCCGGUCUCCACAGCUAAGAAUGGAGUGAGUAGCAAGAGUCGAAAGAGAAUCAUGCCUGACCCAGUGACUGAGCCUCCCGUGAUGGACCCCAUUUACGAAGCUCUUUUGUACUGCAACAUCCCCAGUGUGGCUGAGCGCAGCAUGGAAGGUCACGCCCCACAUCAUUUUAAGCUGGUCUCCGUGCAUGUGUUCAUUCGACACGGGGACAGGUACCCGCUGUAUGUCAUUCCCAAAACGAAGCGACCAGAAAUUGACUGCACUCUGCUGGCUAACAGGAAACCGUAUCACCCUAAACUGGAAGCUUUCGUUAGUCACAUGUCAAAAGGAUCCGGAGCCUCUUUCGAAAGCCCCCUGCACUCCCUGCCGCUUUACCCCAAUCACGCACUGUGUGAGAUGGGCGAGCUCACGCAGACAGGAGUCGUGCAGCAUUUGCAGAAUGGCCAGCUGCUGAGGGACAUCUAUCUAAAGAAACACAAACUCCUGCCGAAUAACUGGUCCACAGACCAACUUUACUUGGAGACCACUGGGAAAAGCCGGACGCUCCAGAGUGGGCUGGCCUUGCUUUAUGGUUUUCUCCCCGAUUUUGACUGGAAGAAGAUUCAUUUUAGGCACCAGCCAAGUGCUCUCUUCUGCUCCGGAAACUGCUAUUGUCCCCUGAGAAACCAGUAUCUGGAAAAGGAACAGCGUCGGCAAUACCUCUUACGUUUGAAAAACAGCCAGCUGGAGAGGACCUACGAGGACAUGGCCAGGAUCGUGGAUGUCCCCACCAAACAGCUUCGAGCGGCCAACCCCAUAGACUCCAUGCUCUGCCACUUCUGCCACAACGUCAGCUUCCCGUGCACCAGAAAUGGCUGUAUUGACAUGGAGCACUUCAAGGUGAUCAAGACACAUCAGAUAGAGGACGAGAGAGAGAGGCGGGAGAAGAAACUGUAUCUGGGCUAUGCACUCCUGGGCGCCCACCCCAUCCUCAAUCAGACCAUCACCCGGAUGCAGCGUGCUGCGGAGGGCAGGAAAGAAGAGGUCUUCACCCUCUACUCUGCUCACGAUGUCACCCUGUCACCAGUUCUCAGUGCCUUGGGCCUUAUGGAAGCCAGAUUCCCAAGGUUUGCAGCCAGGUUGAUCUUUGAGCUCUGGCAAGACAGAGAAAAGCCCAGUGAGCAUUCUGUCCGGAUUCUUUAUAAUGGUGUUGAUGUCACGUUCCACACCUCUUUUUGCCAGGACCACCACAAGCAUUCUUCCAAGCCCAUGUGCCCCCUAGAAAACCUAGUCCGCUUUGUCAAAAGGGACAUGUUUGUGGGCCUGGGGAGUAGUACUAGUACUAAUUAUUAUGAUGCAUGUCACAGGGAAGGAUUCUAAAAGGUGAGCAGCAGCACAGUGCUCAUAGAAUCUAUGCCAAUAGAGAGGGAUGGGAAGGGUCUGCUUCUAGUUCUGUCUGUUGCUAAGGGUUUAAGAUUAUUGAUUUAUAAAGGCUAGAAAUUGUGUUUUAGAGCCACGUAGAUGGUUGGGUUGAACAGUAAGUACGUCGCUAUAAUUGGGUACACGAGUUAGUUACUUGGUACAUAAUGGCCAGUUCACAGAGAAAGGGAAGGUACUUUUAUCAGAGCCAGACUUUGCUUACAACGCCAGAAUAAUAAUUCAAUACUCAAAGUUGGCGAUCCACAUGUAUAUUAUUUUGAUCCGCCACGGUACUAUAUGAUGGAACCAGCAAACCUCAGCCCGCAUUUUCUUCACCUGGGACAAUUUUACCUUGUCCUAACUUCAAGGAAACAUUUCCUGAAGUGAUUUAUCUGAAAUAGGGGUCAGCAAAUUUUUUCGGUACAGGGCCAGAUAGUAAAGAUUUCAGACUUUGAGCACCCAAAGGCCACAUACAGUCCUCACUGUUCAGCUCUGCUCUUGGAACAUGAAAGCACCCACAGACAGCACAUAGCCAGACGAGUGUGGCUGUGUUCAUGGGCUGCAGUGUGCUGACCCCUGACCUCAGAAAACUGGCUCCUCUACAGUUUGCACUUUCAGCGCUUUAAGAAGCAAUUGAACGCAGAGAAUUAUUCAGUGGUGCCUCCAGUAACCUCCACUAGACACACCGAAUUUGGUCUAUAUCUGGUGUUACAAUAAAACUUGAGGGGAAGUAAAUAUCAAAUCCGAAUGAAUCAUAGAAAAAUUGUUAGAGUAAUACUUGAUGUUCAUGAUGAUCGUGGUAGAUGAUAGUUUUAAGUAUGUUUUAAAUAUUUGUCUGCUGUAGUCUAUUUGCUGUAUAUGCUGAGAUUUUUGUAUCCCAUUUAGUAUUUUUAUAGUCUGGGAAAAUAUUUUCUAAGGCCAGUUUUAGAUGUGCUCUUAUUCCUAUGUGAUAUUCAAUUUACUGUACCUGCUUGGUGGUUAGAAGGAAAGCCAGAAGCUGAAUUCAGGCACUUUCUUCCAAUAAAACUAAUUAUGGCCCCUUCCCUUUGACCAGCCCUAGAAUUAGAUCAGUUUUUAAACCAUUUUCGUCAAUUUCAAAUGGUAAAUUCUAACUGAUUUUUAAAUAAGUUUUUGGAAGAACUUUGUUACUAGAUAGUUAAAUAAGCUUUAUAAGGUAUUUUAUAUAUUAGAAGCAAUUAUAAUGAAAUCUGUGGUUUCUGAACUAAAAUGGUGCUAGUUCCUUGUGAAGAAAUGUAAAGUGCAGGUGAGACUUUCCUGUGUCGUUGGCAUUCCAAACUUUUUGUUUUUGUCUAAUGUUGCCUUUGGAUACAUACUUCCAUUUCUAUAAAUAAAUUUUUGAAGAGUACUCGUA